CGAGAAGGACCCCCUCAAACCGCGGCCCUCCAUGUUCGGCGAUCGACCGACAGUGUCACACACACCGCAGUAUAACACAGACAACACCUCUCCCGAUGACACUCACACACACACGCACACGCACACGCACACGCACACGCACACGCACACACACACUCUGAGCACCAACACCACCGGAAAGGUUGGUAAUAUGGAGGACGGCCUACACCUCGAUGUGAUGGUUCCGGUCAUUGCUGCACCUAAGUAUGUUAUUGAGGGGACUUCAGGUAUCAUCAAAUAUCAACUCCUCAAUGCCAAGUGCAAAGUACUGUCGCUGGACGACCGCGGGCAUGUGGCGCUUUGGGAUCUUUUAACAGCUUCGCUCAUAACGGACUAUGGCCAGGU